GACAGUGACUGGGACAGGAGCGAGACAGAGCCGGGCAGAGCCAGGGGCUCGCAGCUCAGACGGCGUCGGCCCCGAGCGGAUUCCAGCCAUGACUGACGCUGUGUUUGGGAACAACCCCGACCGCUGGGUCUGCCCUAACGAUCGGCAGCUGAACCUGAGAGCGAAUGAGAAGGAACAGCUGGGUGCCGGCUGGUCGGUUCACACCAACAAGACCGAGAAGGAGAGAAAAAAUGAGGAGCUGACGGAGGAGGAGAAGGCGAUCAUCAACAAUGUGAUCGCUCGCGCUGAGAAAAUGGAGGAGAUGGAGCAGGAGCGGAUCGGGCGGCUGGUGGAUCACCUGGAGACCAUGAGGAAGAACGUUCAGGGGGACGGGCAGUCUCGCUGUAUCCUCUGUGGGGAGCAGCUGGGCCUUCUGGGAUCCCACGCUGUGGUGUGCGAGGACUGUAAAAAGAACGUUUGCACCAAGUGUGGGAUCGAGACCCCGAACCGCCCCGGGACCGUGUGGCUGUGCAGGAUCUGCAGCGAGCAGAGAGAGGUGUGGAAACGCUCCGGGGCCUGGUUUUUUAAGGGUUUCCCCAAACAGAUGUUGCCGUCCCAGAUGCCGCUGGCCAAGGAACCGCAAGGGCCUGGCACGGGAGAACGCCGCCCGCAGGAGCCGCCCGGCCACGAGCAGAGACCUCGCCCCCGGCCGCAGGACAGAGGUCACAGCGAGGGACCUGCUGCCGCUGACACUGCCCCUCACGGGGAUCCCGAGGCCAAGAGGGGAGUCAGCAGGAAACCGGGCAGCGAGUUGGAGGCUGCUCCACACGGACGUGCCCCUGGCAGCUCUGCCCCCGGGCACAGCCUCCCCGAGGUCCGGGCGGCGCCAGGCAGUGAGGGCGAGGCCCGCGGGCCUUACAGCGGCGGCUCAGAGGGCGACAGGAGGAGCCCAGCCGAUGUGGCUGGAAGCUACCGCCCUGGCCAGGGAAUGGCUCCCAGAUACCCGGAGCAGAAGCCCGCCCCCCAGCCCGCCAACCCGGCGGACGUCAGUUCUGCUCCAGUGAGAGAGGAGUGGGGGCCCCGUCAGCACCCAUCGUACCCAGCGCCCGGCGGCGGGGCAGCCCCCCCACCCUCCUCCCGACAGCAGCUCGAGGACGAGGAGGAAGAGGAAGAGGACACUUACGACUCAGAUGAAGCCACCACCCUUGGAGCACUGGAGUUCAAUCUAUUAUACGACCAAGUUAACAACGCCUUGCACUGCACUAUCAUAAAAGCAAAGGGGCUAAAACCCAUGGAUUCCAACGGUUUGGCUGACCCAUACGUGAAAAUCCAUCUCCUGCCUGGAGCCAGCAAGUCCAACAAACUCAGGACAAAGACCCUACGCAACACCCGAAACCCCGUGUGGAACGAAAGGCUGACGUACCACGGAAUCACAGAGGACGACAUGCAGAGAAAAACUCUCAGGAUGUCUGUCCUCGAUGAAGAUAAAUUUGGUCACAAUGAAUUCAUCGGUGAGACCAGAGUAUCCUUGAAAAAACUCAAGCCUGGCCAAGCGAAGAACUUCAACAUCUGCCUGGAGAGAGUGGUGCCGGUGAAACGAGGGUCUUCAGUUGGCUCAGCACGAGGAAUGUCACUUUACGAGGAUGAGCAAUGUGAACGUGGAGCCGAAACUGAGGAGCGCGGACGGAUUCUCAUCUCCCUCUUGUACAACAGCCAGCAGGGAGGCCUGAUCGUGGGGGUUAUACGCUGCGUGCAUUUGGCAGCCAUGGACGCCAACGGAUACUCGGAUCCCUUUGUCAAAGUCUGUCUGAAGCCUGACAUGGGGAAAAGGGCCAAACAGAAAACUCAGAUCAAGAAGAAGACUUUGAACCCAGAGUUUAAUGAGGAAUUCUUCUACGACAUCAAACACAGUGACCUGGCCAAGAAAACUCUGGAGCUCUCUGUGUGGGAUUACGAUAUCGGCAAAGCCAAUGAUUAUAUUGGCAGCAUUAUACUGGGCAUUACUGCGAAAGGAGAGUGCUUGAAGCACUGGUACGAGUGUCUGAAGAACAAGGAUAAGAGGAUUGAGCGUUGGCACACACUGCACAAUACAAACCCUAUUCCCAGUGACUGAUCUGCACAAGCUGGAGCCUAUGCAUUAACAUUCAUCUAUCAAAUCCACUUCCUUUUUCCCCUCCUUUCUCUUCUCUCCAUCCCCCCACCCCCUCUCUAUCUCUCUCUAAUGUUAAAGUACAUUCAGCCUGGGUUUAUAUUGCUGCAAGUGAAGCAAUACUGUUUCCAAUGCACUCCAUUCCCAGGCCUACAGAUCAUCAGAAAUUGCUUAACAGGGAUCCUGUGCAUGCACGUCUUAUAUUGCGAAUUGUGCAUGAGGUGCGCAAAUCGCAUUAAACAUCAAGCUUUGCCAGUUUUGUGUUGACAGCUCCGGGCAGAGGUGAGUCAGUGAAACUCUAAAUGCCUCGGUUUAUCAAGUGGUAAGGCAGGAACAAGCCGGUUAGGCG